AUGUCGUCAAUUCUCACGACCAAUGACAAUUCUCCGAGCAGGAGAAGAGCUCGACCACGCUUCAGUCAGCGCCUGUGUACUGAUACCAGACCUACGACUUCUGGUACGGACAUAGCAAGCCAGGAAGUUGUAGGCGCCAUCAGUGAGUCUCGUGGAAUAUCCCCAACAGUUGGAUUGGCAUUUGUGAAUCUGUCCACCUCUGAAGCAGUUCUCUGUCAAAUCUGCGACAGUAAUUCCUAUGCCAGGACGAUCAACAAGCUGGCCGUAUUCGAGCCAACAGAACUUUUAUUUAUGAACACCGCAAGUGCACGUCAAACGAUGCUAUACGACACCAUUCAAAACAACAUACCCGAUCUGAUUAUCAGUUCCAUUGACCGGCGGUACUGGUCAGAUAGGGCGAGCCAAGAAUACGUUGACAAGCUUGCUUUCCCAGAGGAGUUGGAGUCAAUUAGGGGUUCCCUAGAAAGUCACUAUUUUGCAGCUUGCUGUCUUGCUGCGGUUCUGAAAUAUAUUGAGCUGCAACUUGACAUGACCUUCACCUUUCAUUCUCUUCGCAUCAAAUUUGAAGCCUCACAGGGCUCAAUGAUGAUCGACCUUUCCACAGCUGCAUCACUAGAGCUGAUUCAAAAUCUUCAAAAAGCCAAAUCACGGGAUUGCUUGUUCGGCUUGCUAAAUGAAACCCAAACUCCAAUGGGCUCCCGGCUAUUGCGGACUAACAUACUGCAACCUCCUACCGAGCAAGAGAAGAUAGCUGCUCGCUACGAUGCUGUUGAAGAACUAAGUACGAAAGAAGACAUGUUUUAUGCCAUCAGAGAAGCACUGAAGAAUUUCAUCGACGCGGACAAAGUUCUUACAUCAAUUGCUUUGAACCCCGUCAGACUUUCCAUCGCUCAUGUGGAACAAUCUGUUAACCAUGUUGUUAUGCUAAAAUCCUACGUCUAUUCUAUCCUCCCAAUAUAUGAAGCAUUAGCAGGGGCAAACAGCACGCUUCUCAUCAAGAUAAAAGAUGCGUGUGCAACGGGCAAUUACGAACUUAUCAAAAAUGCCAUCGACGAAACGCUCAACGAUGACGUGGUCUACCAAAGGAAGCCUCUCGAUCUCCGAAAUCAAAGGACAUAUGCAGUCAAAACUGGAGUGAAUAGCCUGCUCGACGUUGCUCGCCAGGCAUACAAAGAAUCGAAUGCCGAUGCGGCUGAACUUGUUUCUGUUCUUUCCGAGAGACACAACCUUACCUUGGAACUGAAAUAUGAUACUGCGCGGAGCUACUACAUAAGUCUGUCGGCUUUCGAACUAGAGGGAGCUCUUCCGGACGAGUUUAUCAAUGUAAUCAAACGGCGAGACCGUAUCGAAUGUCAAACACUGGACCUUGUCAAGCUCAACCAGAGAAUUGCGGACUCUCAUCAUGAAGUCAUCAGUAUGAGUGACCAAGCUGUUCAGGAACUCCUCGAGAAGAUAUGCGAGGGUGUUCCUAGUCUCUUCAGAAUUAGCGAGGCAAUAGCUACGCUAGAUAUGCUAUCAGCUUUUGCACAUUUAGUUACCAUACAAGAGUAUGUAAGGCCUGAAAUAACAGAUGUGCUGGCUAUCAAGUCUGGCCGCCAUCCUUUGCAUGAGAAGAUACUCAAAGAUAAAUUCGUGCCGAACGACACUUACGCAUCCCAACAAUCACGCUUUCAGAUCAUUACAGGCUGUAACAUGAGCGGGAAGUCCACUUACAUUCGAUCAAUUGCUCUUACGGCAAUAAUGGCUCACAUAGGAUGCUUUGUACCCGCCGACUAUGCCUCGUUUCCAAUCAUACAUCAGCUGUUCGCUCGAGCAGCUACCGUUGACGAAAUCAAUGCGAGUGUUUCCACGUUCGCUGGCGAGAUGCGUGAGAUAUCAUACAUCCUCCGCAAUGUGGACGGACGUAGUCUAGUCAUCGUGGACGAACUCGGUCGUGGGACAAGCACCACUGAUGGGCUAGCUAUAGCGAUAGCAAUCGCAGAAGCUCUUGUGGAUAGCCAUGCGUUCGUAUGGUUUGCAACGCAUUUUCGCGAUCUUGCGUGUAUCAUGGCCGAGCGAAGUGGUGUGAUCAAUCUGUCUCUGGCCGUGAAGCUUUCACACGAAUCUAGUAAGAUGACCAUGCUGUACAAAAUUCAAGAAGGUCAUGUACAAGAAAAGUUUUAUGGUCUUGCUCUUGCAAAAGUCUUACCAUUUCCGCCUCAAGUUCUAGAAGUCGCGCAACAGGUUUCGACGCAUCUGUAUAGGAUUGCCGAAGAUCGUGCCAUCAGCUCAAAGGUUCUAGGGGCAUCUAGAAAAAGGAAUCUAGUCCUUCAAUUACGGGAGCAGCUGUUACAGGCGCAUAAUGGAAAUAUAGAUGGAGAAGAUUUGCGACAGUGGUUGAAAAGGCUGCAGGAUGACUUUGCAGUGAGAAUGGCGGCAUUGGAAGCUGGGGAUGAUAUGUCUCCUGUGGAAGAUGGUGUCCUCGACGACGGGAAGAAUGAGGAACAUUUUACCGUCGGUCAGGCGCAAGACGCAAAGUCGGACAAGGAUUCGUUUGAACCAGUCGAGGAAUUUGACAGAACAAUGCCCGCUGAGAGUGUGGAUUUGGUCAGUCAGGAGGACGCUGAAGAGCAGAUGUGGGAUAUAUGA